CUCGCGACGAUGCUCUCGGCAUCGCUUCGGCUCGGCAGUACGGCGUUUUCCGACACCCUGGUAGUUGCGGCGCUGACUCGUUCCGGUGUGUUUCGCAACAGCUGUGUGGUUGAUCGAGCUCGUCGCGUUUUCGGAGCGGCUCUUGCGACGAGGACCGAACGACCGGGGCGUCUUCUCUGAGCGGAGGCGAAGCGCGGAGGAUCCGACGGAAAGGAGCGACGUGCGAGCGGAGCGACAGAGAAGGAGAGAGAGAGAGAGAGAGAGGGAGGGAGGGAAAGCGUGUUCACGAGCACUCAGACACGGUGCUAUGCCUCACCCAGAAUCGGCACGGUUGCCGUCGCGAUCGGUCACGCCGCUCCGACGAUCGCGGGGAUUCGCGAUGUAGCCCCCUCCUCCCUCCUCCACCGCUCCUGCUCCUCGCUUCUUACCCCGCAAGAAUCCGUGGAAAAAUACACACUCUCUUCCUCUCUCUUUCUCUCUCGGCGUUUUGUCGCAACACCCUGGUCACAUCGAUGCGUCGUCACGCAACGUCGACGGGCACUCGCGCAACAACGCUCACGGAUCCUGGCCGCCGCGCCGAGUGCACCUCGUCGUCGUCGUCGUCGUCCUCAUCGUCAUCAUCGUUAACGUCGCUGCCUCCAACAAGAAGUGCCUUCCCUCGACUCCGAUCGUUCGGCCGUGCGGGCCUCCCGAUCGCAGGGGAGGCAGCGUGUACGUUUCACCUGCCCCGACGACGAUCGCGACCGACCCGCACCUUUGUCCAAUCCUGCCUGUGCGCCUCGAUAAGUGAAUCAGCUAAUUGAGGCGGAAAUGCAUUGCUGAGACGGCGCGAGAAGCAAAGGGAGAUUGUCGUUCGAGUAGUCGGAGUGGCGAUCCUCGGUACAUAACCUGAAAAGACAAAAUGUCCCAACUAAACAUCAACACGGGCAAGCGAGGGAGAGGGGUCGCGAGUACCUCCGCGUCGACCGUUUCCGCCCUGAGCAGCUCCACCGAUCUGGCGAGCCUCUUCGAAUGCCCCGUGUGUUUCGACUACGUGCUUCCACCUAUUUUGCAAUGUCAGAGCGGACAUCUAGUCUGCACGAAUUGCAGACCGAAACUCUCCUGUUGCCCUACGUGCAGAGGUCCUUUGGGUAACAUCCGUAAUUUGGCAAUGGAAAAGGUGGCGAGCAACGUGAUGUUUCCCUGCAAAUACUCCACCAGUGGCUGCACAGUCUCGCUGGUGCAUACGGAGAAGGCAGAUCACGAGGAUGCAUGCGAGUUCCGUCCAUACAGCUGUCCUUGCCCGGGCGCGUCCUGCAAAUGGCAGGGAUCGCUGGAACAAGUGAUGCCGCAUCUUAUUAUGAGUCACAAAAGUAUUACGACCUUACAAGGUGAAGACAUUGUUUUUUUGGCAACUGACAUUAAUCUCCCCGGAGCUGUGGAUUGGGUCAUGAUGCAAUCUUGUUUUGGCCACCACUUUAUGCUGGUGCUUGAAAAACAAGAGAAGUACGACGGACAUCAACAGUUCUUUGCAAUUGUACAAUUGAUCGGAUCUAGGAAGCAAGCGGAGAACUUUGCUUACAGACUAGAACUAAAUGGGCACAGAAGACGUCUCACAUGGGAAGCGAUGCCGCGUUCUAUUCACGAAGGUGUGUCGUCUGCGAUUUUAAAUUCUGACUGCCUUGUAUUUGACACCUCCAUUGCGCAGCUGUUCGCUGACAAUGGAAACCUAGGAAUUAACGUUACAAUUUCUAUGGCCUGAGGAAAGCCAGAAAAAGCAGUGUAAAAAGAAGGAGGAAACGUCACUUCCCGGACAUAUCGAGCAGCCCUUGAGAUAGGUGCAAUAAGGUACUCAAAUGGGACUGCCCGCUAUGCGCAGAGAACGGUUCUUUUUGUGUUACCAAAUGGAUAUUAGCAAUACGGAAACAUUAAGGAAUGUUGUUUCGAGUAUGUUGACUAUAUGCAGCAUUUGGAUACUCAGCACAGGAGCGUCGUUGAAAAGCUUUAAAGAGUUGGAUGUGAUAUUGAUACGUCACGGAGACAAACGUAAUAAACAUCUUUUCGAUAUAUCCAUACUAUGAUUUUAGAGCUUUGAUGCUGAGCACGAUAUCGAAUUCCGAGAAAAAGAAAGUACCUGAUAUCUGCUGUUGUCACAUUAUUCUCACUCUUUUUCGCAUUGAACUUUCAUUCAUACCUCUUCGGGGAGAUUUUAAUAAUGCGAGACAACGCAUUAUUUGACAUUGACAUCUUUUUUGUCUGUAUUUUAACACUUUUCUGGACUUAGUACGGCGAAAGGCGAAUUACGAGACAAAUUUCACAAGUUUACUGAAUCUCGUCAUGUAUUUAUGUAUUUUGUUCUCCGUAUAUAUUUUUAUAGUAUUAUUUUCGUUUAUAUAAAAUUUACUUCCUCUCGGUCUUCUAAAAUCGCUAUACUUCGUAUUUUUUUUUUUUUUUUUUUUUUUUUAUUAAACGUCUUGUAUGUACGUAUGUGUUUUCUGUAUAACACGAUAAAUCCGGCUUUUGUGACUAACACAGUAAACGUAGCCGCAACUGUUUCGUUAUUCCACAUUAUGAUUACAUGAUAUCGUGCUUUUUGCGAUUUUUAUACGCAAAUAGCGGUGAAAGGCAGAUCAGUUUUUCACGAUCUAGUCUGAAUGUCGAAGCAAGAUGCUAAUAUUUUUACAACAGUUAUAUUAACAUGGGGUGCGUUCCAAAGUGCAUUGAUAGUACUGAAUAUCUAUAGCAUAUGUGAGCUAUAGAUUGUCAGAGCUGUCAGUACAUUUCGAGAUGCACCUAUGGUGUGGAGCAAUGUUCAAUUGCAGCAAAGUUCCUGUAAGCGAGAUAAAAAGGAAGUUUAAAAGUGACUGAAGCAAUGAUAUUAAAAUAAGUAAAAGAAAUGUUUUAUUCAAUUUGAAUUAAAGUACGUUGCACAGCAUUCUCUCUUUUUCUUUUGCAAAUAUUAACGUCACGUUACACUUGCUCUCGAAUAAAACUCAUUUUUAUCAAUAUCAGUGCGAAAGAAAGAAAAAAAUUGCUCUGUACCACGUUUAAUGUUUAUUGAAUUAAUUUUCUUAACAAAUGUCUUUUUUUAAGUAAGAUAUUUUUUAUAGGAAGUGCUAUUAUAGAUAACAAUCGUUCUCGCGGUAAGAUUUUCUCAUAGCUAUAAAGAUUUUUCUUUAUUCUCGUAACUUAUGCUUUUCGAGACACGCCAGAUUCUUCUUUUAUACCGUUAUUUCGUGUAACAUUCGUUAGUUUUGAAAAGCAAUGAGAUAUUUAGCAAAAACAGAGCAUUGAACCGAAUUGCGUCACAAAGUCGUUCAAUAAAAAUUCGAGCUAACGGAAAGAAGUUAUGGGGAACAUUGUUUUCUUCGGAGGAACAAUUUAGACUGAAAUGUAAUUAUACGAGAUGAGUAGGCUAAGUCUAUAACGAUUGAUUAUAUAUUUUUCAUAGGUUACGGAAAUUUGCACGAGUUUUACUUUCGCUAAGUAAGUAAUUCCAUACGUAUUGUUGAAACUGCCUUGUCAAAAGGCUGCUGACGACAUUGGAUUAAUAUAUAUUCUAUAUCACCCGCAAUUACUCGCGAAUUAUUUAUCGGUUUAAUGCCCUGUAACACAGUUGUAAGUGAGAUAGAGAGAGAGCGAGAGAGAAGGUUCACGAAGUGUAUAGGCGGAAGCACUGUUAUUGUAAAUAAGACGCGAAAACUUAUUAUGUGAUAUAAUUAGUAUUAGUAAUGUACAUCACAACAUGCCGAUAUUCACGAUGUUGGAAAUAACUCGAGGGAACCAAGUGCACGGUGUACGCGCACACCGUAAUAAAUAUGAUUUAGCGUGUAUUAGCCCAAGCUUGUAACGGAUUAUGUUUACACACGUCUAUCAGGCGGAUAAUUUAAUUUUAGUGGAUUCGCAUGGAGAAAUGAGCGUUCUUGGCGGUUACCGAAAAAAAAAAGAAAACAGGAGAGAAAACGAGAUCGAGCCCUUGAGUAUGACAUUGGUUGUUACAUCCCGUAUCGAGACUCUGGAGAGUAUCUUCCCGACUGUUGGCAUGAAACAUAAUUCGGCAAAUCGAGAUUGCGGAAUAAUCAGUGCGCUCACCGUACUGAGAUCACGAUUGGUACGCACAAUUGGAUUCUACACAAGUAUAUCGUAGUGCGAUAUAGGGAAGGAUUACACGCUAGAUGUGAUUUUUCUCUCUGUAAACGCGGCACUGGGUGGUGACCUAAUGAUUUAUGUUUCAAGAAAACGCACAUUACGUUGUUAAGUACCCUGUACAUACGAUAAGAUAAACGAUAUAGCGUAAUCUUUAUCCUUUAACCAAGUAGUAAUUUAUUCUCUAGCAUUCGCGAGGGUUCCAUUGCUGUUUCAUCGAAAUCAUCAUCACGAAUAAUGCAUUUUCAAUUAUUUUAACGGAUAUAUCCACUGUUUCGCUCGUAUCGCAGAGGAUGAUUAUGUAAUAUUCCCGAAAAAAAAGGAAAGCGAGAAAAUAAAUACGAGAAAAUAAUUAAUUGCGUUAUGAGCUGCAUGAAGAAUAAAUGAGCUGGCGAAUGAGAAUGUAUGUAAAACGUUGAAGGCUUUGGGAGCUCGCGAUCGAUAGAUAACGAAGUCGUACGACAAUCUCAUCGUUAUUUCGUUUCCGCGUGAACCUAAAGACGCCUUGUGUUAGAUUUAUGAUUUAUGUUACAGUACAUGACUUUCCCUUUUUUACUUAAGACACGUUGAAAUUAUUACGUUUGAAAUAAGGAUAAAUCGAAAUCAGUUGUGUAUACAGCGGACGGUUUGGAGGAAUUAUCCCAUUUUACACGCGCGCUUGGAGAGCCGUCCGUUGAUUUUAACUUUUAGCUAUUCGCGAGAUCUGCGCUUUGAUGAGAUGUGAAGAAUGUAAUUUGUACUGAGCUGUGCAACUUGGCGAAUGCCCGACAUAUCCCGGAUAAAUCGAGCAGGAAUACGAACGAACGAGAACGAGAGUUUUUCCUUGUUUGACGACACAAUUUGCGAAUCGCGAAUGAAUUGUUGUGAGCGGCGAGUCCACGACGGAAUCUUCGUGUUCUACGAGAUGUCUGGCGGAGAAGCCGGUGGUGCUCGCGUGUUAUUCGCAGAAUAGUAUAAUUGUCGAGAGAAUAGCUUUAUUUAAAUAUAAUGUAUAUACUUAUAUAUGCAUAUUUAUAGAAUCUACAAAAUGUUCAAGCCAUGUAUAAAGAGCAUGAAUAAAUUUUUUUUUAUAGAUA